AUACCUUCCAUUAAUAUCAGCAAACAGGACUCAGAGGGUACAUCAAGUUCGAGUUUUUAUCUUGAAACCAGUCAAAACAACAUAAUACUCACGACGGGUGAAGUCAACAUUGAGCUUGACAGAACACGCGCACUGCCAACUUCCGGAUAUGAUGGGAAAACAUGGCGGCGCCCGUGAUUCAGAAGUUUAGACCAAGAAUCGUCUCACAAACUGGUUUAAAAUGCACUGCAUCCAUAAUCUUUUUUCACGGUUCUGGUGACACAGGGAGAGGUAUUGAAGAAUGGCUGGGGUCUCUGUGUGGAGGACAGUUCAACUUCCCCCACAUCAGAACAGUGUUUCCAUCAGCGCCAAUGAGACGCUGCAGCUACAUGGGAGGAUCACCUAUGCACAUGUGGUUUGACCGGCUGGCAGUGUCUCCCGAUGUUGGCGAACACGAUUCAGUGCAUGAAAUAUGUCAUGAGAUAUCUCACCUUAUUGAUGCAGAGGUUCAGGCAGGAAUUCCCAAACACAGAAUUCUGCUGGGUGGAUUUUCCAAUGGAGGCUGCUUGUCUCUUCACCUCGGUUACCGGUUCCACAGAGAUGUGGCUGGGAUCUUCAACCUCUCCAGCUUCCUGCAGACAGAGUCAUCUGUGUACAAGGCCUUGCAGCAAGAUGCAUCACAUUUACCUCCCCUGUUUCAAUGCCAUGGAAAGGAAGACCCCUUAGUGGACUACAAGUGGGGGGAGAGCACAUGGAACCGCCUGAAGGAGCUUGGGGUGAAGGGGGAGUUCCACGGGAUUGAGGGACUCGACCAUCAGAUGAGCAUUAGAGAGAUCCAGAUGCUGAGCAAGUGGAUUACAGACAGGGUUCCUGAAGAUGGUGGCACUACUGCAGCUCAACUAUAGACAUGGCAGGACCUGUCGGUGGACGCAGUAUGUUUACAAGAAGAAUCCAGUAUAGACGCUGUUCAUUUACACAGUCAGGGAUGGACACGGAUGGAUGUUGAAUAUUAGCCUCACUGUCCAUGAAGUGAUAAAUGCAAUGAGGGGCAAACAUUUUGGAAAUAAUUUCUGGAAGGAAAUGUUAGCCAUGUCCACACUUUAAUUACACAUUUGUUGUGUCUCUUACUCACAAUAGCUGUAAAAGAAUUUCUCAUGAGUUUUACCAACUUGUUGCUAGAUGUAAUGGUGGUUUGUGAGGACAUUUAGAUAUUUAUAAGGACCAGGAAACCAUUCACUGAAACAAGCAGAUUUGUAACUUUGUCUGUACUGCCAGGCCUUUAUCUGGGUAUCAGCUUGCUGUGAAUUUCAGAAGAUAGGAAUUGAUUUAAAUGUUACGAAGUGUUAAAAUUAAAAUUUCAGUAUACCAAUCCUAUUUCACAACGAGCAUAUAAGCAGCUGUUUAUUCUUACAAGGCAUAUUGUUGCACUCAAUGAAGUAUCAUGUGUUUCGAGAAUAAGAACAGUUGAAGUUUAACCAGAACAUUAUUCUUUGUGCCAGUGGUUGUUAUGUUGUUAAGAUGUAUGUUGUUACGAUGUAUGUCGUUACAAUCUAUGUCGUUACUAUGUAUGUUGUUACGAUGUAUGUCAUUACGAUGUAUGUCGUUACGAUGUAUGUCAUUACGAUGUAUGUCGUUACGAUGUAUGUCGUUACGAUGUAUGUCGUUACGACGUAUGUUGUUACGAUGUAUGUCGUUACGAUGUAUGUCGUUACAAUCUAUGUCGUUACUAUGUAUGUCGUUACGAUGUACGUUGUUACGAUGUACGUCGUUACGAUGAAUGUAUGUUGUUAUGAUGUACGUUGUGACGAUGUAUGUCGUUACAAUGUGUUACGAUGGAUGUAUGUUGUUACGAUGUACGUUGUGACGAUGUAUGUUGUUACGAUGUACGGUAUGUGAUCAAGGGUAAAGGAGUGGACUAAUGUUUUACUUAUGUUAACAGUGCAAUGAAUAGCUGGAGAGUGCUAUAUAUUGAGGCCCGUACCACUCUGCAUACUCAGCACUCCAACAAAUAAUCAGUCUGCUGUAGAAGAUGGCAUUUACAAUUUCAAGCCCGAAACUAGUUACAUAUAUAGUCACAUUUCAGAGCAAGAAAAUAUGCUUUUAUUCUUUUCAUACUUUACCUAGAUAUUGUCUUUUUCUCCUGAAUAAUGCUUCAAAUAUGCAGAGCAAAUUGUUGAUGUACCGGUGACAUGGAACAUUCUAAGCUGACCAAUCAGAGCUGUGCUUUAAACUACCCGUUACUCAGUGGAACAAGUAAAUACAUACACUUUCAUUGAUGAGACACACAGAGAACUUAACUCCUCUCGAAGUGAAGUGUCAAUUAUGGCUGACAUCUGUGGAUUUACUGUCGUCUUAGAAGAGUAAGAAGAAUAAUUACUGGUUGUUAUACAUGUUUAGUAAUGUUUGGGAUAUGGUGAUGAUUCAUGCGGAAGUAUUUGCUAUUUUAUGUGCCAAAACAUCUGUAAGAGCCAUAUGAUGUGGUCAGCAGGAUGUGAAUUAAUCCAACAAGUCUGUAUACUGGAUCACUGCUGACUGCAUGGAGUCCUUGAGGCAUCUUGACCACAUAAAGAUGGUUCUCGUCUUACUUUAUCCAGACUGUUUGACAGGUGAAUGCUAUAUCAUGGUGUGAUGGUGCAUGGUGUGAUGGUGCAUGGUGUGAUGGUGUUACGUUAUUCAGUAUAGCAUACAUUGAUGACUGACUAAGGUGGAUGUGAACUGGGAUAUGGGAAAUAUGGUGAUCUGUUGUUUUUUGUACACAAGUAUUGUUACAUUAUAUUUUACAACCUGAAAAUAAAUUUUAUAUAUAACCAUCUUA